AUGUCUGCCUCUGCACGAAUUCCCCCAAUUGCCCAACCGUUCGUCAGUGAACGGGCCAAGAAGACUCUGGACCAGGUCGAACAAUUCGUCGAAAAAGAAUGUAUUCCCGCCGAAAAGCUCUUCCAGGCCCAGCUGGGUGAAGCGCGCCAGCAAGGCCUGUGGAACAUGUUCCUGCCCAAGAACCACUUCUCCCAGGGCGCUGGAUUCAGCAACCUCGAAUACGGUCUGAUGGCCGAGUAUUUGGGUAAGAGCAAGUUGGCCUCCGAGGCUACGAAUAACGCCGCCCCAGACACUGGCAACAUGGAAGUCAUCGCCAAGUAUGGCAACGAAGCACAGAAGCAGCAGUGGCUGGCACCCUUGCUGGACGGCAAAAUUCGCUCGGCCUUCCUCAUGACAGAGCCCGAGGUGGCCUCUAGCGAUGCGACGAACAUCCAGUUGAACAUCCGCCGCGAGGGCAACCAAUAUGUCCUCAAUGGAUCAAAAUGGUGGUCCUCUGGCGCAGGUGACCCCCGCUGCAGUAUCUACCUCGUAAUGGGCAAAUCGGACCCAACCAACAAGGACCCCUACCGCCAACAAUCCGUCAUCCUCGUGCCCGCCGACACCCCCGGAAUCACCGUGCACCGUAUGCUUUCGGUCUAUGGCUACGACGAUGCCCCCCAUGGACACGGCCACAUUAGCUUCAAGGAUGUGCGCGUCCCCGUCUCCAACAUUGUCCUCGGCGAAGGCCGUGGCUUCGAAAUCAUCCAGGGCCGUCUGGGUCCCGGCCGCAUCCACCAUGCGAUGCGCACGAUCGGGGCCGCUGAGAAGGCGAUCGAGUGGCUCAUCGCACGGAUCAACGACGAUCGUAAGCAGACCUUUGGUAAGAGUUUGUCUUCCCAUGGUGUCAUCCUCGAGUGGCUGGCGAAGUCCCGGAUUGAGGUCGACGCCGCUAGACUCAUUGUCCUGAAUGCCGCGAUCAAGAUCGACCAGGGUGACGCCAAGUCUGCCCUCAAGGAGAUUGCCCAGGCGAAGGUACUCGUUCCGCAGACCGCGCUGACGGUCAUUGACCGUGCCGUGCAGGCGUAUGGUGCCGCCGGUGUGUGCCAGGAUACGCCGUUGGCGAACCUGUGGGCCAUGAUCCGGACGUUGCGGAUUGCCGAUGGUCCGGAUGAGGUGCACUUGCAGCAGCUCGGCAAGAGGGAGAACCGGGUCCGCAAGGAUGCUGUUAUUGAGAAGUUGAACUGGCAGCGGGCUGAGGGGGAGCGAUUGUUGGCUGCUAGUGGGCUUAAGCUGAAGAGUCAUUUGUAA